CAAGUACAUAUUUAUCUCCGGUAUGGUACCUAUGUUGGAGAGCACCAUCUCGUCCUGCUGGGAGCUGGAGGCCUCAAAUAUUAAACGGACUCAUCGGAAGCGAACAAAUUUAGAUGGUAAAAUGUUUCUUUUACAUAGACAAACAGAAGUUUUCAUCAGCGAGUGACAGAACGUAAUAAAAUUUGAUCACUAACUUGCUCGGAGAACAUGGCUGAAAAGGAAGAUGAAAUACAUUCAACGGCAGAAGAUAGCCCUCUCCUGGUGGAUUCGAGCGAUCUGGAUGAAAAAGAAACAUUCAGAUUGGCCAAAUAUGAGAGAUAUGCAUAUGGUUUGGGACAUAUCUGCAAUGAUGUCUGUGCAGCCAUGUGGUUCUCAUAUGCUCUUAUAUUUUAUCAAAUAGUCAUUGGUUUUCCACCUGUUUACGCCGGAUAUCUUUUAUUCAUAGGUCAGACGGUGGAUGCCAUGGCCACACCUGUAGUUGGUACUAUAAUAGACAGGAAAGGAAGUCGGAGGGCGUGGCAUUUAUUUGGUAGUUCUAUGGUUUGCCUUAGUUUUCCUCUAAUUUUCAACCCACGAUUUGCAACUUUAUGGGUCCAGUUUAUUUAUUAUGCAGCGUGCAUCACAAUUUUCCAAAUUUCUUGGGCUUUAGUUCAAAUAUCUCAUCUUUCUCUGAUACCGGAGCUAACGCACGUUACAGAAGAGAGAGCAGAAUUGACAUCGAUUCGAUAUAUGUCAUCAGUUUGCUCUAACAUAAUGGUGUACGUCUUCGCUUGGUUGUUUUUGCAUGACUCCAUGGGCAUGCGGAUGGAUCUCAUCGGCCCGGCUGAUUCGUAUAAAUUUCAGAGUUUGAGCUUCGUGGUUACGUUUACUGGAGUGAUCGGCACAUUAUUGUUUCAUUGUUUUGUGCAUGAAAAAGGCUCGAGUGCUUCCAUAUCAAAUCCACCUAGUAAUAAUCAAACCUUUCCGCGAACUGAGUCUCAGUACUGCUGUCAGUCGGAACUAUACAAAGUGGCCACGCUUUACACCGCAAGCAGGCUAUUCUUAACCAUUAGCAUGGUAUACAUUCCACUAUAUGUGAACGAGGCUCAUGUGUCAGACUCAGGAACAUUAGCAAGUGUGCCGUUAGUAUCGUACAUAGCUUCCUUAGGCGCCUCCCUCUUGAUGAGGCACCAGAAGAGUGUGUUCACAGAUAAUUCGUUCAAUUAUUUCGUUGGAACAUUGGCUUGUAUCUUUGGAUGUUUGUUCGUGUACUUCAACCCUCGUAGCGAAGAGACAAUCGUUUAUAUCUAUAUUGCAGCUGGUUUAUUUGGAGUCGGAAGUGCAAUAACAACAGUUGUGAGUUUGUGCAUUACAGCGAAUUUGGUUGGGCCAAAUACGGAGAGAGGAGCUUUCGUUUAUAGUCUGGUUACUUUUGCAGAUAAACUCUUGAAUGGUUUGGCGAUUGUAAUAAUUGAGUUCCUGAAAUGUGAUAAGAUGCAGAUGCAGAUGUCAGAAUGCGCACAUUAUUAUCGAGAUGUAUUAGCAUUGGUGAAUGGAGUUUUAUCCGUGAUAGGUUAUCUUGUACUAUUGACUUUACCGAACAUGUUACUUGUGUCAUCAUGAUGUUAUCACACUUAAAAAGCGUAAAAAAUUGCAUGAGUACAAAAAUUAAUUUAAUUUAUCCUAGCAA